AUGUCUCUUCCCUGGUCAAUUCCGUAUGGUCCGCCUUCGGAAACGCCAUAUUGGGGAGCUCCGACUGCAGCUGUCAAUUUUUGUGAGGAGUAUGUCGGCGAGUUCUUCAAUGCUCUCACGAGUCUGGUAUACGUCGCAUAUGGCAUCAUCGGCAUCCAACGCUACAAGCGACAAGACAUCGGCAUCUUUGCCGGAGUCAAUGUCUCCUACUGGGCCUUGAUCGGAGUCGGAAUCUGCUCGGGCUUGUAUCACACCACGCUCAAGUAUCAUACUCAGAUGUCGGACGAACUGAGCAUGCAUUUGGCCAUUGGCACCGUCCUGCAGCAAGUCUUCACCUUCAAGGAGCCGCCACGGAUACAGCUGCGAAACACGGCGAUCAUUGUUGGAAUCCUUGUUCCGUUCGUCAUCUACCACUGCGCCACAGACGAAUUCAUCGCUCAUGUGAUCCUCUUCUUCUGCAUGUGCUGGGUCGUAGCAUGGAAGGUCCGGAAGCUCAUCCGCGAGCGGAUUAUCGAAAAGGGUCAUCGAGACAAGAUGCGCGGCCUCCUGAAGUUUGCCACCUUCAACGCUCUGUUCGCCUACUUCCUCUGGAACAUCGACGUCCACCUCUGCUCGACCUUGACCGGCUGGAAGCACCGACUGGGAAUGCCGCUUGGGAUCCUCCUGGAGUUCCACGGAUACUGGCAUAUCCUGACAGCUCUCUCGUCGUACACCUUCAUGGCCCUGAUCGAGUUCCUGGUCAGUCCGGAAGACACCUCCAACUAUGGCACCGGUUUCGUCUGGCCUGCAAAGCUCGUCCUCCAGGACUUGGCUGCAUCCAAAGGCGACGUCAUGCAUGCGAAUGGCAACAAAAAGAGCAACUGA